UUCAGUCGCAGGUUGAUGACGCGUUUCGCUUGCAGUUGGUGCGUCCUCCGGCAGCACAUAUGAACAUAGCAAACACAGGCUGCUGUGUGGCACUGUUGUCCAGAUGCGAAUGAAACAUUAAGUCUAUUUAAAAACAAAAAGUUGUAUUAAUCUCAUAAUGUCUUGGGUUAGGGGUGUUUCGAGCAGCGGAGAUGUGUUUGACGAGAAUGCGGACGAACUCAGUUUACAAAGUAAAGAGUGGGCAUCCAACAUGAAGAAGCGAGUCAAGGAUGGGUAUGUAGAGGGAGUUGAUGCCGGGGAGGACGCCUCGCUCCAGGCCGGCUUUAACCUCGGGUUCAGGGAAGGAGCAGCUCAGACUGCAGCGGUGGGCCGGCUCAAAGGAAUUGUAGGUGCUAUAUGGUGCUGGUGCCAGAUCCAACAUCCGGAAUGCCCCCUCCCAGCCUCUGUGACCCACCUCCUGCAGCAGGUUUCACAGCAUGAAAACACAAUUAUGGAGGGAAUCAAGAACUCUUUGGAGAACCCUCCUCCCAGUGUGAGCGCCGUCUCGGAGAGCAUGUCGGAUCUGGAGGUGGAGCAGGCAGAAUCAGGCUGCCGUGGAGGAGAAGGAUGUAAAGAAACGGACUGCUGCAGGACAGGAGAAAAAAUGGAAGAGGAUGUUCCUCACAAGCAUCAAAAGCUCUCUUCAGGGUCCACUGACUGCUCCUCCCGUGCAAGUGAAAGCCUAAACUACCUCGUGCAGCGCUGCAUGGAUCUAGUGUCGGAGCUCGGACUGCCACAGGAGCUGAUCAGUGAAAUACAGGAGCUGAAGAACAUGUAGUCUUUGAACACCACAAUCACAGCGGUUUUGGACGUUAAGCACAUGAACUAUGAAAAGAAACAGGUUUUAGUGUAUACGUUUUUUUACACAUGGCAAGGAAGUGCUUUUGAUGUACAUAAUGUAAAAAAGAGAUUUGGAAUUACGAUUUGUAUAAUAUGGCUGGAGAAUGUUUGUAAAUAAAAAUGGAUUUGCUCUUUUCUUUUUACUGCAUUUUUGUUCUCAUACCAAAUUUUUUACCAAUCUAGAUACAAUAAACAUUCAUCUUACUUAAAGGAGAAUUGCCAUUCAUUU